AGAGUAUAUAGCUAGUCUGUUGGAAAUCAUGGACAAAUAGAGAGUGAAAGUUACCUAAUUGGAUAACUAUAUAGCAAUAUAGAGAGUAUGAUUUGGAUAAUCUGUUGGAGAUGCUCUUAGCUUUCCCGGCUUUCCCCGUAAUUACGUAGCCUGCCUGAUUGCCGGAAUCCAUCUGGUUUACAGUGUGUUGGCCUGGAAAAGCUUGGGGAAAGAGAGAAAUGGCAUGCAUUCCACAGGAAAACUGUGAGGAGGUCUUCAUCUUCCUCACGGAUCCUAUUAUUUGGGUUGGCAGUAGAAUAGUAGUGAACGCCUCAACGGCCGAGGCGCUGUGUCCGCUUCCCUCCAAAUGUUGCGCUCCCGAGCUCUCCUCUCCUCGGCUCCCACCCCGACAAGUCCUCCCAGCCUCCGACCAGCGAGAGCUCAUGUCCUUGGGCACAGCGACCGACUCGUAAUCCAAGGCAAAAACAGCGACCGCCAUGCACCACAGACCAGGGUUCGCUCCGGCCCGGUCGUGCUGACCUCUCGCCACGUUCACCAGCGACCAGCAUGGCGACGUCGUCGGCGAGGAAGAUGAGCCAGCUCCCCGCCCCGGCCAGCCGGCUGUGGGAGGCGAGCAUCCGCAAGCUCCAGACCAUCCGCCGCGUCGGCACCGUCGUGCCCGCCCCCCUGGGGACCGUCGACGGCGCCGACGCCGCCGCCACGCCCUGCCUCCUCUCCGUCAGCUCCUCGGCGUCCAACACCAUCUACCAGUACCACGAGGACGGCGAGGAGAGCGACACCAGCAACGAGGGCGGCAACGACGAGUCGGACGACGACGACGCGGCGCUCGGCGAGCCCACCCACGCCGAGCAGCUGCUGCCGAGCGGGGACUUCUACCAGGGCGGCCUGCGCGGGGACCUCCCCCACGGCGCCGGCAAGUUCCUCUGGACCGACGGCAGCAUGUACGAGGGCUCCUGGCGCCGCGGCCGCGCGUCCGGGCGCGGCAAGUUCUCGUGGACCUCCGGCGCCACCUACGAGGGCGACUUCGCCGGCGGCUACAUGCACGGCCACGGCACCUACAUCGGCGAGUUCGGGGACACUUUCGCGGGGCUCUGGGCCGGCAACCUCCGCCACGGCCGUGGCACGCAGGCGUACGCCAACGGCGACGUGUACGACGGCCACUGGCGCGACGGCCUGCAGGACGGCCACGGCCGCUACAUCUGGCGCCAGGGCCACGAGUACAUCGGCACCUGGAGGGCCGGCGACAUGCACGGCUGCGGCACCGUCAUCUGGGCCGACGGCGACCGCUACGACGGCGCCUGGGAGGACGCCAAGCCCAAGGGCCAGGGCACCUUCCGCUGGGCCGACGGCGGCAUGUACAUCGGCACCUGGUGCGAGGAGUCCGGCGCCGUGCACGCCGACGGCGUCUACUACCCGCCGUCCGGCGGCCCCGCCGUGCCCGUGCCCCGCGAGCCCUGCGAGCCCAUCACGGCGCUGCUCCAGGAGCUCGAGGGCUGCGAGGGGAAGAAGGCGUCGCUGAUGCCGUCGCACAAGAUACUGACCUGGCCCGGGGUGGAGGCCGUGCAGAAGAAGCCGGUGUGGCGGCCGCCCAAGGUUACCGCCGCCGCCGACCAGGGGAGGAUGUCGAGCGCGAGCAGGAGGAUGAGCAGCGCGUCCUUGGACAUGGACAGCCUGCAGGCCGAGGCUGCUGCUGCUGCUGCUGAGAGCGACGAGACGAGGACGGACAGGUCGUGCUUGCGGACGUCGUCGUGCAUGCGGACGCCGCCGAGGCCAGGGAAGAAGCAGGGGGAGACCAUAUCCAAGGGGCACAGGAAUUAUGAGCUCAUGCUCAACCUGCAGCUUGGCAUUAGGCAUGCUGUUGGAAGGCAGUCAGCGCCAACUUCGCUGGAUCUUAAAUCAUCAGCAUUUGAUCCGAAAGAGAAGGUGUGGACAAGAUUUCCUCCUGAAGGAUCAAAGCAUACUCCUCCACACCAAUCAGGCGAUUUUCGGUGGAAGGACUACUGCCCCCUGGUUUUCAGGACUUUGCGCAAGCUCUUCGAUGUCGACCCUGCUGAUUACAUGCUCUCCAUUUGCGGGGAUGAGGCGCUCAGGGAACUUUCAUCGCCAGGGAAAAGUGGAAGUUUCUUUUACCUCACAAAUGAUGACAAGUACAUGAUCAAAACAAUGAAGAAAUCAGAAGUUAAAGUGCUGCUUAGGAUGCUUCCAUCCUAUUAUAAACAUGUCCGUGCUUUUGAACAUACUCUAUUAACUAAAUUCUUUGGUCUGCACUGUGUUAAACUUACCGGAGCUAUUCAGAAAAAGGUCCGAUUUGUUAUAAUGGGGAAUCUUUUCUGCUCCAAUUAUACAAUCCAUAGGCGCUUUGAUUUGAAAGGAUCUUCACAUGGUCGCAUGACAGACAAACCCAUUGAUCAAAUUAGCGAGCAUACAACGCUUAAGGAUCUUGAUCUUAAUUUCAUUUUCCGACUAGAAGGAUCUUGGUUUCAAGAAUUCUGCAGGCAAGUGGACAAAGAUUGUGAAUUAUUGGAGCAGGAGAGGAUCAUGGAUUAUAGUCUUUUGGUUGGUAUUCACUUCAAGGACAGAUGCAAAGACAGCAGCAAUCCUGACAAUGGACCACCUCAUACAGCCGCAGAAGAUUCUGAGGAAACUAGAAACAAACCACUAAAACUAGGGAUUUGCAUGCCCUCAAGGGUGGAGAACAUAGUGAAGAAUCCCGAAAGUGAAUCUUUGCUCAUCGGUGAGCUCACAGGCGAAUUUCAGGAUGUCUUCUUGUUCUUUGGAAUCAUUGACAUCCUGCAAGACUACGAUAUUAGUAAGAAGCUCGAGCAUGCUUACAAAUCCAUGCAAUACGAUCCUAACUCCAUAUCGGCCGUUGACCCAAAGCAAUAUUGCAAGAGAUUCAGGGAUUUCAUAUUCAGGGCUUUCACAGAAGAGGUACAAUAACUAGUUAAUUGACAGAGGAUGGACAUAUCUAAUUUAAGGGGUUAACAAUUCUUUGGUGGAUUUUUGUGUCCACGCUCCAGUAAUUUUUGUAGGUAACAUCAUUGAUACACUGUUGUAGAUGAAACACGUAAAUAGUGCGGCAAUUUCCUCUUCUCUUGUAGAUUUUGUACAUUUUUAAACAUUUUGUUGCGUAAUUAGAUGUAGCAUAAAUUUAACCAUGUCAUGUAAAGGAUGUAGCUAGAUGAUGUGGCCAUUUCUUCAAUGUUUUGUAACUAUAUUUCGUUCCGAAGAUUUAAUCUGUUCUUCCAAUAGAAAAAGAUCAUGAGAUAUGUAUUAGAUUAUAAAAACUUCGA